AUGGCGGUCAGCCAGGAGCAUUAUGGGGACUACCAUCGCCUGCCGGACUUCGCGGAGGAUUCUCCCCCCGAGGAGGAGGAGCAGCUGUUGGUGCACGUCACCGAGGGCCUGAAGGAUUCCUGGCAUCACAUCAAGAAUCUAGAUAACUUCUUCACCAAAAUCUACCACUUCCACCAGAAGAAUGGCUUUGCCUGCAUGAUGCUCUCUGAUGUCUUUGAGCUGGUGCAGUUCCUGUUUGUUGUCACCUUCACCACCUUCCUGUUUUGCUGCGUGGAGUACGAUGUGCUAUUUGCCAACCGGCCUGUCAAUCACACGCAGCCAGGAGGUGGCUUUACAGACCGAGGGAAGGUGACGCUGGCGGAUGCCAUCCUGCCCACACCGCAGUGUGCUGAGAGGAUCCGGGGCAGCGGCUGGAUCAUCUUCCUGCUGGUGAUGGCUGCCACCUUCUGGCUCUACCGCUUGGGGAAGGUGCUCUGCAGCCUCCUGGGCUACUGGGAGAUCCGGGCCUUUUACACCAAGGCCCUCCGGAUCCCCUCGGGAGAGUUGUGCAACCGCAGCUGGCAGGAAGUGCAGGCGCGCCUGAUCUCGCUGCAGCGGGAGCAGCAGAUGUGCGUCCACAAGCGGGAGCUGACGGAGCUGGACAUCCACCACCGCAUCCUGCGCUUCCAGAACUACCUCGUGGCCAUGGUGAACAAGUCGCUGCUGCCCGUCCGCUUCCGCCUGCCCCUGCUGGGGGAGGUGGUCUUCCUGACCAAGGGCCUGAAGUACAACCUGGAGCUGCUCUUCUUCUGGGGGCCGGGCUCCCUCUUCCAGAGCAAGUGGAGCCUGCAGCCCCAGUACAAGCGCUCGGGGACCCGCCUGCAGCUGGCCCGGCGCCUGGGGCGUGGCAUGCUGCUGCUGGGGCUGGCCAACCUGCUGCUCUGCCCCUUCAUCCUGGUGUGGCAGGUGCUCUACGCCUUCUUCAGCUACACGGAGGUGCUCAAGCGGGAGCCGGGCAGCCUGGGGGCCCGCCGCUGGUCGCUCUACGGCCGCCUCUACCUGCGCCACUUCAAUGAGCUGGACCACGAGCUGCACGCCCGCCUGAGCCGCGGCUACAAGCCGGCCUCCAAGUACAUGAACUCCUUCACCAGCCCCCUGCUCACCGUGCUGGCCAAGAACAUCGGCUUCUUCGCCGGCUCCAUCCUGGCCGUGCUCAUCGCCCUCACCGUCUACGACGAGGACGUCCUCACCGUGCAGCACAUCCUGACCACCAUCACCCUCCUGGGCCUGGUCGUCACUGUCGCCAGGUCCUUUAUCCCGGAUGAGCACCUGGUGUGGUGUCCAGAGCAGCUCCUGCAGUGCGUCUUGGCACACAUCCACUACAUCCCCGACCACUGGCAAGGCAACGCCCACAAGUCAGAGACGCGGGAAGAGAUGGCCCAGCUCUUCCAGUACAAGGCUGUCUUCAUCCUGGAGGAGCUGCUGAGCCCCAUCGUGACGCCCUUCCUCCUCAUCUUCGCCUUACGAGCCAAAGCCCUGGACAUCAUCGACUUCUUCCGCCACUUCUCUGUCGAGGUGGUGGGCGUGGGGGACAUCUGCUCCUUCGCCCAGCUUGACAUCCGUAACCAUGGCAACCCGCAGUGGUUGUCGCAGGGCCGGACCGAGGCCUCGGUGUACCAGCAGGCGGAGAACGGCAAGACAGAGCUGUCGCUUGUCCACUUUGCCAUCACCAACCCGCGCUGGCAGCCUCCGCCGGAGAGCUCCCUCUUCAUUGGGCACCUCAAGGAGAAAGUGCAGCAGGACGCGGCCCACGCCCCUCCCGCCCAGCGGCUGCUGGCUGAGGCCCCGUUCAGCACCUCCCUGCUCUCGGACGAGGGGCCCAGCAGCAUGCCGGAUGCCCUCCUGGCCAGCGUUCUGGCCCAUCCCAUCCUGGCCUCGCAGGCAGAGCGGCACCUCCCGGCCCGUUCAGGGGGCACAGCCAGCGCAGCUGCCAGCAUCUUGGCAUCGCUGUCCUGCUCCCAGCUGCCGCGGCGCAGCUACCCUCCUCUGGGCGAGAACUCCAUCUAUCGCAGCGACAGCACUCUCCUCGGGGACAGUGUGGCCCCCCCAGAGUCCCGCCAGGCCCCCCUGACCCGCUCUGUUGUGCUGUCUGAGUUUGCCUCCGCUGAGAUGAGCCUGCAUGCCAUUUACAUGCAUGAGCAGCAGCAGCAGCAGCAGCAGCAGAGCCUGGCUGCGCCGGGGGGGGCGGGCGGGGGGCCGCAGUUCGGCCUCUCCAACUCGGCGGCCAUCCGGGCGGAGAUCGGGCGCUUCGAGUCGGUGCACCCCAACAUCUACGCCAUCUACGACCUCAUCGAGCGCGUCGAGGACUUGGCGCUGCAAAGCCAGAUCCGCGAGCACGUCAUCUCCAUCGAGGAUUCCUUUGUGAACAGCCAGGAGUGGACGCUCAGCCGGUCGGUGCCAGAGCUCAAAGUGGGCAUUGUGGGGAAUCUGUCCAGCGGGAAGUCUGCUUUGGUUCACCGCUACCUGACGGGCACCUAUGUGCAGGAAGAAUCUCCGGAAGGUGGCCGGUUCAAGAAGGAGAUUGUUGUGGAUGGGCAAAGUUACCUGCUGCUGAUUCGUGAUGAAGGGGGCCCCCCUGAACUGCAGUUUGCUGCUUGGGUCGAUGCCGUGGUGUUUGUCUUCAGCCUAGAGGAUGAGAUCAGCUUCCAGACGGUCUACAACUAUUACCUGCGCCUGUGCAGCUACCGCAACACGUCAGAAGUGCCCAUGGUCUUGGUGGGCACACAAGAUGCCAUCAGUGCUACAAAUCCUCGGGUGAUUGAUGACUCCCGAGCCAGGAAGCUCUCCAACGACCUGAAGCGGUGCACCUACUAUGAGACUUGUGCCACCUAUGGGCUGAAUGUGGAGCGGGUCUUCCAAGACGUGGCCCAGAAGGUGGUGGCCCUGCGCAAGAAGCAGCAGCUGUCCAUCGGGCCCUGCAAGUCGCUGCCCAACUCCCCCAGCCACUCCUCCGUCUCAGCGGCCUCCAUCCCCUCCGUGCACAUCAACCAGGCUGCCAACGGGAGUGGCGCCUUCAGCGACUAUUCGUCCUCCGUGCCCUCCACCCCCAGCAUCAGCCAGCGGGAGCUGCGGAUUGAGACCAUUGCUGCCUCCAACACCCCCACCCCCAUUCGCAAGCAGUCCAAACGCCGCUCCAACAUCUUUACGUCUCGGAAAGGCACAGACCUGGAGCGGGAGAAGAAAGCCCUGGACUGUAAGGCGGACAGUAUUGGCAGUGGGCGGGCCAUCCCCAUAAAGCAGGGGGUUCUCCUGAAACGCAGCGGCAAGUCUCUGAACAAGGAGUGGAAGAAGAAAUACGUCACUCUGUGUGACAACGGAGUCCUGACAUAUCACCCCAGCCUGCACGACUACAUGCAGAAUGUGCACGGGAAGGAAAUUGACCUCCUGAGGACCACAGUGAAGGUGCCGGGCAAGAGGCUUCCUCGGGCCACCACCGCUGCCCCCAGCGCCAGCCCCAAAGCCAACGGCCUGGCCAAGGAGCGGAGCAGCAUGCCAUUUCCGGGUGGCUCCAGCGCCCCCCACUCGGCCAGCAGCACCUCCUUGCACUCGGAGCGCUCCAGCGGCAACCUGGCCAGCUUCGGCGGCGGCGGCGGCGGCGGGAAGGCCGAAGGGCUGCACCAGCGCUCCUACUCCGUCUCCAGCGCCGACCAGUGGAGCGAGGCCGUGGCGGCCCCCGGCGGCGCGCCCAACCCCGCCAAUGGCCCCCCAGAUUCCCUGACCUCCAGUCCAAACAUGUCCAGUGGUGCCAGCCCCAAGGUCGAGCCCCCGCCAUCUCCCCACGCCAACCGGAAGAAGCAUCGCCGGAAAAAGAGCACGGGCAGCAGCCGGCCAGAGGGGGCCAGUGCUGCAGCUGAAGAGCAAGAGGAGUCCUUUGAGUUCAUCCUUGUGUCUCUGACGGGCCAGACGUGGCUCUUUGAGGCCUCCACACAGGAGGAGAGGGAGCUGUGGGUGCAGGCCAUCGAGAGCCAGAUCUUGGCCAGCCUCCAGAGCUGCGAGAGCACCAAGAACAAGACACGGCUGGGCAGCCACAGCGAUGCGCUGGCCCUCCAGUCCAUCCGCACGGUGCGUGGCAACAGCUUCUGUGUCGACUGCGAUGCGCCCAACCCCGACUGGGCCAGCCUGAAUCUGGGGGCCCUCAUCUGCAUUGAGUGCUCUGGCAUCCACCGCCACCUGGGCACCCACCUGUCGCGCGUCCGGUCCCUCGACCUGGACGACUGGCCCCUGGAGCUGGUGGCAGUGAUGACCGCCAUUGGGAACACACUGGCCAAUUCCAUUUGGGAAGGGGCCAUGGAGAACUACCCCAAACCAGGCCCAGAGAGCUCCAGGGAGGAGAAGGAGCGCUGGAUCCGGGCCAAGUACGAGCAGAAGCUCUUCCUGGCCUCCUUGCCGCACUCCGACGUCCCCUUGGGCCAGCAGCUGCUGCGGGCUGUGGUGGAAGACGACCUCCGGGCAGUGGUGACUCUGCUGGCCCACGGCUCCAAGGAGGAGGUGAACGAGACCUAUGGGGAUGGGGACGGCCGCACCGCUCUGCACCUCUCCAGCGCCAUGGCCAACGUGGUCUUCACGCAGCUGCUCAUCUGGUACGGAGUGGAUGUGAAGAGCCGAGAUGCCCGCGGACUGACCCCGCUCGCCUACGCCCGUCGUGCCGGCAGCCAGGAAUGCGUGGACAUCUUGCUCCAGCAUGGAUGCCCCAGCGACUCUGCCAUGGCCUCCCUGACGCCCAGUCUGCCCCGCCGAAACAUCAACAACAACGCCUCCUCGGGCACGCUGCCCUUAGACUCCUGCUCUGCGGCCCACUGAGCACGGGCCAGGCCACGGGGCUCCUGCCCAGGUGACCUGGGCUUCUGGGAAGGGCUCCUGGGAGCUCCCUGCUCCAGGACAAAGGGAAGGUGGGGCUGCAAACACUCCUGCCCUGACUGCUGGGCUUUCAGUGCCCAGCCCCUCCGCCCGCCCGCCCGUCUCAGUCCCUUGUGUAUAAAAUGUACAUUGGAAAUAUUUAUAUGACGUUCUGUAAA